AUGCAGAUUUUCCAGGAUGAAAAUCUCGAGGCAGUCGAACUUCUCGAACGGCCAUGGUCAGGCGAGAAGCUUCUUGAAGUAAGGACGGGCAAAGUAAGGCCUGUUUUCGGCAUCAAUGUCCAAUGUGCCAUCUUCAAGAAUGUCCGACCAGGACCUGUCACAGUCAAUAAGUUGGGAUGCGAAGGCGACCAGGACGCCACCCUCCACUAUCAUCGAUGGAAGGAGGAGAUCCCCCAGAGCGCAUAUUUGUUUGUCCUGGGCGGGUUUUGGGAAAACCUUGUUGCAAAGUACGCCAAUGAACGAAACAUUAGCAUCGGCGAUAUCGUCCAGAUUGGGACCAUCAUUGCGCCAGUAACGGUGCCUCGUCAGCCGCGCUUCAAACUGAACCACCGGUUUCAGGCCAAAGAUAUUAUGUCCAAGCGCUCCCAGGACCUCUUCCGGGCAGGUUGGCUGUACCCAAUUUUAAAGGAAGGCAUGGUGCAGGCUGGAGACGACAUGACUCUUCUUGAACGACCGAAUCCUGAAUGGACGAUAGCCAAAGUUCAACACUACCUCUAUCACGAUAUGCAGAAUGAAAAAGCCAUGAAACAACUGGUCGAAGUUGACGAGCUAGGGGCCGAAGCCCGCGCCAUUUUUGCGAAUCGCCUCAAGAAGCAGCAUGAGGAUUAG